AUGACCAGAUCGUCAAAUUACAUUCUUAUGACUUUUGGUUUGCUUGAUGCAUCAAAGGACAUAAUGGCAGCUAAUGGAAACCACACAAUAUCUGUGGUUAAGGGUAAGGGUAAGGAGGACUAUGAUGUAUUGAAGGAGUCAUUCAAAGAUGUCCUCCGGGAUAUCAAUGAAGUGGUCGCGGAGAAGAAGAUAGAGGUCGAUGAAGGUACUGUGAAUCUAGAAUGUUUUUGGGCAGGGAUAAUAAAAAUUCAUCCUGUUCAUGAUGGGCCUCAGCGACAUCAAACCAUAGAUGUGUAUGGUGUACCGUUCACAAAGAUGAGAGGUGGAACGUGAGUCAUGACUUAGAAUACUACAACUCACCACCCCUAAAAAGAACAUUAGAGGAGAUGCAUAGAUUGGCAGGUAAAACAAAAUUUCUACUGUGUACAUAAACCCCUUUUGGACAUUGAGCUAAGUCAUGUUAUCCCAGACAAGUUGCAUUUGUUGCACUAAUUGGCAAUUUAGUUCAAGGUGCUAUAGACUUGGGAGAAAGUGAAUGCUGAUAAGCAAGGUUCUGGCCUGUAUGACUUUACCAGUCUUCUUGGCACUGAUAAGAAGAAACUUCUCAAGGAACUGCCAGAGAAAUUGGAUGCUGUCAUUCCAGAUUAUGAGAAUGAAGUAAAGCUCAUCUGGCAAACAUUUUCAACGGUUUAUGCAAUUGUUACUUGCAGAGAUCCUUCGGAAGAGAUGGUAGCCGACUACUUCCUUAAAGCACAAGAAUGGGUUAGUCUAUUUCAUUGCAUGGUACGGUUAUUGGCCACAAACGAGCAAAUGCAUGCUAUGGUCAAGCUUUUUACUGGACAAGGUGUAGAAAAAAAUAAUGAUGUUGCCAGAAGUAUUGUUCUGAGAAAGUCUAACAAAUGCAAUGGUCCUGCAGAUGUAUUGAAACAUGAAGCAAGAUUGUGGGAACUGAAGCACAGAGAAUGA